AUGAUACAGAGCUCUAAUGAAGGCAUCGAUAAUCCCACUUUUGAUGGAAUGGAUGUUGCCAAGGAAACCAAGACAGGUGACUCUCUCUCAGAGCUGGAGGAUUUGUUGGUCUCUCUGCAGGAAUUAAAGGUUCAUCUGUCUGAUGUUGAGAGUCUGGAGGACGUUCAGCUGCUGAUGGAGCUUCUUCUCCAGACAGAUUUCCAGCAGGCCUUCCGCAUGCACCACAGCGUCACUCUAAACACGAGACGCCUCCACCCGCCUCACCCGCUCACAGCACACGCCCGACACAUCAGAGACGAGGUGGAAAGUGUUUUACAGUGGAGUGAACAAAGUGAAGCUUCAGAACUAACAGGACUAUUGAGUUCACCACACCUACAGGCUCUGAUGGAAGCUCAUGACUGUAUAGCCGAGGAGGAUUUUAAUGAGGACUCUAAUGAAAUCCUGGAGGAAGAUGGAAACGGCACAAAACUGGUGUGUCUGGAGAAAAAUCGUGACAUGCCUCUGGGUGUGACGGUUCGAAACGAUCAUGACUGUGUGAUCAUCAGUCGGGUGGUCCGUGGAGGGACGGCAGAGAUGAGCGGUCUCCUCAGUGAGGGGGAUGAAAUCCUGCAGAUCAACAGCGUCUCGGUCCGUGGAAAAAGCGUCAAUGACGUCCACAACAUCCUGUCCAGCAUGCACGGACCCCUCACAAUUCUGAUCACCCCCAACUCUCAAACCAAAAUAACGUCUCACAGAAAGACUUUGAUGCACGUGAAAGCGAACUUUACCUACGACCCGUCCGAUGACCCAUACGUGCCGUGCAGAGAACUGGCUCUGUCCUUUCGUCAGGGAGACGUCCUUCAUGUCAUCAGUCAGGACGACCCAAACUGGUGGCAGGCGUACAGAGACGCAGAUGAGAACCCCAAACCCCUCGCUGGCCUCAUACCCAGUAAGAGCUUUCAACAAAAAAGAGAAGCCAUAAAGAGAACGAUUACAGACAAGAAUCAGGAACAUCGAGAGAAACUUUGGUGCUCAAAGAAAUAUAAAAAGCAGAGAAAAAAAAACUUGGAUAACCCAGAUAAUGUGCAUUGCAGUGAUGAUAUUCUGACCUAUGAAGAGGUGGCAUUAUACCACCAGCCCGUUCACCGCAGACGUCCCAUCAUUCUGGUCGGCCCACCAAACAGGGGACAGGAUGAGUUGAGACAGACUCUGUUGUCCUUAGAGCCCGAACGAUUCGCUGGCGCUGUUCCACACACCACACGAAGCCCCCGUGCACAUGAGGUCAGCGGAAGGGAGUACAACUUUGUGUCACGGCAGAGCUUUGAGUCUGACCUGACUUCAGGAAAGUUCAUUGAGUCUGGAGAGUUUGACCAGAACCUGUACGGCACAAAUACUGAUUCAAUCAGACAGAUUAUUAACUCGGGUAAAAUCUGUCUGCUGUGCCUGCAGCCCAGGUCUCUUCAAGUCAUACGUUCCUCUGAUCUGAAACCGUACAUCAUCUUUAUCAGACCUCCUCCUCCUGCACCCAAGCGACUCCCUGCCCGCCUGACCAAAGGAGUAAAGAAACACAAGGCAGAAGACACGAGAGAGCUCCAGGAGAAAGCCUGUGAGAUGGAGAACAGCUAUGGUCACUUAUUUGAUGCCAUCAUUUCAAACAGCGAUCUAAACAGAAGUGUUUUCGAGCUUUUGAUUCUUGUUAACAAACUCGACACAGAUCCGCAGUGGGUUCCUUAUUCCUGGGUGUGCUGAAGGGCAUUUACUAACUCCAGAACAGUUUUCAUGUUUCAAUGUUCAAGACUAAAGAUGAGUUUGGUUGUUUUGUCCACCUUUAUUGGAAACUUUGAUUUGAGACCAUGUAUGGUCAACAUCGUGUCAUGAACCAGAAAUUUUAAGAAGUGUAAUUUUACGUUUCACUAAUUUUUACACAAAAUUGGAUUCAGAAUGAGCUCAUAUCAUUCUGGGAUUGUAGCUGAAAUGGUCAUAAACUGUUGUAUCGGAAACAUUUAUCACACAGUUUGACUGUCAAUUAUGAAGUAUACUAGUGUACUGAACACACCAGACACUUUAAAACUACUGUUCACUGCACAAAAAUGGCUAAAUGUACAGUAAUCAAUGAUCAUGCUGCCACAAUACAGUAAUACAUGGUAAAAAUAAUAUUCAUUUAUUAGUUGCAUUUACAAACUUAUGUUGACUAUGUACCAAUAAGAUCAUAUUUAGGAGCAGUUUUGGGGAAUUUAAAAAUAAUUUUCGUAUGUUCUGUCUGUAAAAUGAGUCAUGAAGCAGUUUUAACCCUUUUAACUGUUUGUGUGAUGUAUACAUAAUUUUACAAGAUCUAUGCCAAAGUGGUGAAAAUAAAAAAUUACGUUUAAUUUGUAAGUAUUAUUUCAUGCAUCAGCGAUGUAUAAGCAUAAACAUUUCUGCAGAA